AAUGAGGACGAGCAUUUAUAAUGUACUCAUUUAAUUCAAAGCAGCUCACAAGCGUUCAGACGCUGUCAUUGUUUGCUCUGGCUCUAAAACUUUUAGAUUAGCUUUAGACAAGUCUGUGAUUCAAAUAUUAUGCAGAAAGUUUACAUAAAGAUAUAUUUUCAACAUUUGAAAAUAGAUAUUAAAAGUGUGAGAUGACAGUUUAGUAAAGUCCAUAUUUUGGUUAUUUCUUCAUUGUAAUUUAUAUUUUCAGCCUGUGCAAAACAACAAACUCUAAACUGCCAUGAGUUUUUCCCAGAAUAUCUCGAUUGUUCAUCCAGAACACUUUUUCAUCACUGGGCUUACAGGUACACCAUACAGCACUUAUUACUAUAUAUUCUUAUUUAUCAUAUAUUUUAUUUCUAUAAUUGGGAACUCGAUAGUCAUUCUUGUUAUAGCUCUUCACAGGAGCCUGCACAGUCCAAUGUACAUUGGUGUGUUUAACUUGGCCUUGGCAGAUAUUGGUGAAAGUAAUGCACUGAUCCCUAACAUGAUGAAGAUUUUUUUUUCGGACUCACAGUACAUCUCAUAUAAUGAUUGUUUGGCAAACAUGUUUUUUGUGAACUUCUUUAUUACUGUGCAGACUUACACUCUUGUUGUUCUGGCAUUUGAUCGUUUCAUUGCAAUCUGUUUGCCACUAAGAUAUAAUGCUAUAGUGAAUAAUAAGUUCAUGGCUAUAUUGUUUUCAGUAAUAUGGGCAUUUAACACCUUUCUUGUAACACUGUCAACAUCUUUGAUGACCAGACUUUCAUUCUGUAAAUCCAACGUGAUAGAGAGUUGGUAUUGUGACUAUGGAAGAUUGGUGAGGAUGCCAUGCAAUGACAGUAGCAUUAAUAAUGUUAUAGCAAUCCUCAUUCAAGCUUUUUUCCUUGUAGCACCACCAUUCAUUAUAGUCCUGUCAUAUCUGGGCAUUUUUAUUGCUUUAUGUAAAAUUGCAUCUUGGGAAGGACGUUUUAAAGCACUGAAGACCUGUGUUUCUCACCUUUUGGUAGUUGGAUCAUUCUUUCUUCCCAUAAUAUGCAAUAUGAUUGCUGCACCUUCUGUCAAUGCCAGGAUCAUCAGCGGAUCUCUUUCAAUUGCUCUUCCACCAAUGCUAAAUCCCAUAAUUUAUGUUUUAAACACAGCUAAAAUCAAAGACUUAAUCCGGAAAGUGCUUAACAGCAGAUCUGCACCAAUUAGAGGGAAUGUUUCAAAAUGAUUGUAAUCAUUGUCUAUGUGUUCUUCAAUCAUUGUGAAUUAAAUUACCUAAAAUUACAUUUAUAUGUAUUUCAUAAAUAUUUUUAGAUCCAUUAAGUGGAAAAUAAAAGUGUACAAGCAGAAAAUAAACAUGUAGAGUGGACACAUUAGACUUGUGUGUUGGUUAACAGCAGUGAAAUGUUGUUUAUUUAUGAAUUAAUCCAUCUGAUUUCAAGUGUAUGUAGUGUACUGUGUUUGUUCUUAGUUACUGACCCCAAGACAAAACAAAAUGAAAAGACAAAAUAUUUAAGCAAGCAAUUUGAAUUAUUUUAUUGUUAAAAUUUCUAACAGGAAUACCAAAGAGCAGGUUUGGUAAAGAUAAUGUUUUAACCCAUUUGUGCCCAAAUUUUUCUGAAUGGUUUCAUGCAUAUAGUCCUGUUAAUAGUGUCCUAUGUGAACAUGUUCUGCAUUUAUUUUCCCCACGUUUUUUUUUUUUUUUUUCUUAAAAAACAUGUUUGAA